AAAGGUUGUUGUCAGCGGUGGUUAUGGAGAUGAGAUGGGACUGCGAGCUGUCAUUAAUACGUUUGUUAAAACAAUCUUUCAGUGUCUGCUAGAGGAAUGCCCAAGAAGACAGGAUUCACUGUGGUCAGCUCUUCAAGUCAUGAGGACAGCUUCAGUGCCCAGGAGCUUAUGGUCCACGCCCCCGCUGUCAAUGGUUGGAGAUCAAGCAGGCUGUGUUCCUAUCCUCAGCACCUCACCCUCCAGCUGGAGAAGAGAAGUAGGAUACGGAAGCUGCAGUUGCUGGCUCACCAGUAUAUGAUCCCUUCUAAGGUUGAAUUCUAUGUUGGUGACUGCUCUCCUGAAGCCAGCCCCCCAGUCUUUCCUGGACAGUUUCAUAGACUUGGAUAUGUGUCUCUAUCGGAUAACGAGAAGACCGGUUUCAAAGCCCGGGAGCUGAAGUCGGUCCACGUUGAUGCCGUUGGAUUGUAUCUGAGAAUUACCCUCCACAGGAACCAUGCCAACCGUUACAAUCACUACAAUCAGGUUGCCCUGGUUGCCGUUAAUGUUCUGGCGGAUUCUUUGGACGGUGGUACGUUUCACUCAGUGCCAAGCAAAGACCAGCUGAUUGAACAGUACCUCAACAAUACCCAGCAGGAAGCUGCCUUGGACACGACUUUCAUGGGAAAAUGUACAUCUAUCUCCCAAUUUGAUGACUUGGCCUUCGACAUGUACCAGGACCCAGAGGUCGCUCACAUCAUUCGCCUCUUAGACCAGAAGAAGCAAGACGUUGUACGGCAGGAGAACUUUGAGGAGGCUAAGAAGUUGAAGCAAGCGAUCGCAGACCUUCAGAAGGUUGGAGAGCGUUUGGCUCGUUAUGAUGUGGAGAAGAAAUGCGCAAUUGAAAAAGAGGAUUAUGACCUGGCCAAGAAGAAGAAGGAGCUGAUGGAUGAGUACAGGAAGAGCGUCUACCAACAGCUGGAAGUUCACAACCUGCUGGACGUGUCAAUGAUCACCGGAGGAACAGAUUUUUCCUCAGCGCAGGGUCCACUUCUGCCUUCUCCUACUGAUGCUUCAGCCACCAAGCCCUCGUUAUCCACAGAUAACUUUAAGAAAGGGAAGAAGACAAGCAGUCAUCACGACCAACAGUCAGCCUCACAGAAUGUAGUGUCUAAAUCUAGCAGCCAGCCUGACACCACUCUAACCCCUGCCACCGUACCUAACGUUAAUAUUACCACCGUGCCUUAUGAUGAGAGGCCCCUACCAGCCCUUCAGCGGAGAGAUCGACCGGUGGAAACCACCCAGACCCCAUCAGGGGAGAACUCUCCUAAAUCUGAUGUGCAAAGUUCUCCACAUGGUCCCAACUUUAGUGGAGAGCCAGAACCCCUUACAGAGAAGGUCCUGAGAGAGGCUGGCCUUCCUAUAGAGGCCUUCGGAGAAAGUCUGGUUGCUGGAGCAUAUUCUAAAAGCUGGUGCUACAGAGAAGACGCGCUGCUCGCCGUGCACAGCAAACUGUUGGAAGCAGCCUCCACAGCCCCCAAAGACGAGCUGAGAAACAUGAUAAGAGCGGCCGUAUUUCUGGUUAAGGAGUCCCUUCUGGAUAAAGUUUCAUCUGUUUUUCAUGCCUCACUAAAGCUCCUCCGCUUAAUACUGAGCCAGCUGAUCCCAGGUGUGGGCUUAGGGCGGGCCGAGGUGAGCCACUGCUUGGAGCAGACUUUUCCUAACCUGCUUGCGAGGACGGGAGACUCCUCUAACCGCCUACGGGCUGCUGCCAUCUCCCUCAUACAGGAAAUAGCUCUUUUGAAGGAUCUAAGAGCCCUGCAGAUCAUUCCUGGUGAAUUAGUGAAGCCAUUCAAAUCCUCCUUUCCCUCCCGUCUGGCUCAAAGUCGGACCGAAGUCCUCCAAAAACUCCUUGAGGAGCUGGGUAUAGAGAACUCCGGCUUCACCCUGGAAAAUGUCAUGACGUUCUGCACAGCUGCUCUGGAGCACAGAGCAAAAGGGGUUCGAGAUCUGGCAGUACGCAUCAUCUUAUACCUGUAUGAGCAACACAAAGGUGCUGUUCUCAGCCACCUCCCACCUAAUGAUGCUGCCACACGGAAGAACUUCCUCUACAAAACCCUCUUUGAUGGAUUCGAAAAGAUUGAUGGGAUAACUCCAGAAGCUCAGACUGUGAUGAAAGGUGUCAGACAUCCGCUUAGAAAAAAGGAGAAGGAAAUCCACUCCCUUCAGAGACAGCUGUUUGCCCUGAAAGACAUCACAGAAAGAGAGACUGAACACACUUCAGGCAGAACAUCCAACAAAGAACAAGAUAAAGAUGAGAAAGAAUCUCUAAAAGAUACCAGAGUUGGUGACACAAAACAACCUCAGAGCAAGACAACUGACUGCGUAGAUGUACAGCAAUCCAUGGAUUAUCUGGAUAACAUGUGCAUUUUUUGCGGCAACAAAGAUGAGUCGUUCACAGAGGAUGGGUUGGACCUUCAUUACUGGAAGCAGUGUCUGAUGCUGCGGCGCUGUGAUGAGUGCAGACAGGUAGUUGAGAUAGCGAGCCUCACAGAGCACCUGCUGCGGGAAUGUGAAAACAGGUCCAAGUUCAGCCAGUGUCCACGUUGCUCAGAGGCUGUGCUCUCUGAGGAUCUCAGUCGCCACGUCAAGGGUUCAAACUGUAACCCGCUUGUUUUAGGUAAAGGCUCCACCUCCAACCACUGUCCUUUAUGUCACAACAACUUUCCACCAGGAGAGGAGGCCUGGAAGGCUCACCUCAUGGGCAGAGAGGGCUGUAAACAAAACUCACGCAGAACCGCCGUGUCCCAAAGAACCCAUCCAACACAAGGAAGGGCUGCUGGUGGAACAAAGCAGUUGUGGCCGUUCAGAGCUGGAGUUGGAACCAGAACCGGACCAGUGGGCCGAGGCAGCCGGAUCCCAUCCCUGACACCCGGUGCAAGAAGAAAUGCGGCUGGAAAGCGAUGAAACUGGUCCGACACAAACUCCAUCGCACUUCAGUAGAAGCGAUAGUUCUUCUGAACAAACAACCUGAUUCAUUUGAGAACACCAAACUGCAUUAAGACAAUGAAGUUUAGCCUUUUAUAUUUCAGCUGAAUCACUCUUCCCUGUCCAAAGGUUUAACCUACACCACCAAACACCUAUAGGGCCAAUGCGCAUGACCUCACUGUGUGCUGUUAAAUCAAGGCUUCUGGCCUCCUAAGCUCUUAUUUUUCUCACUGCUUUUUGAAGGCUCCGUAUUCUAUUUAAAUAAUAAUAAUAAAAAAAAAAAAAAAGUUUUACUAUACAGCUCUUAACAGCUUAGAGGAUGACAAUUAUACUGGGAAAAUACAGCCACAGUGAGAAUGUGCUUAUCUGUAUUCUAAGCUAAUGGUUUAAAUUCAAAAGUACACGAUGCAGCGUUUUCCAAGUUUGCAGCCAGCUCUGCUUAGUCAUCUCUUACGUUAUAGACAAUGCUGGCUCUCUGCUGGUGCACGGUUUCACCAAGCUCAGACAGCACUGGUUAUGUCAUCAUGAAAUCAUCGAGGAUAUUUGGUCGCCAAGUCUGUUAAGUAAACCUUCUGUGUAAACUUCAAGUCAGGUUUAAAGAUUUUUUUUCCCUACUUUCUUUGAUUUGACUUGACGUUAGGACAAAAAUACCACUUUAUUAUCCAUUUAUUCAUCACACAGGUAAAACCGUAUAUUUGCAUACUGUACACUUGUUUUGUUUAUAUUUACUAUCCAACAUUAAACACAAACAUUUCUUUGUUAGGUAGAUACGAUUACCUAAAUAAUUUGUUUGCAACGAGGCAGAAUAAAGAGAGUGGAAGUUUAUUUAUUAGUUUCUUCUGAUUGAGAAGCUUACAUACAGAGAUUAUUCAUUUUCCUAAAAAGCCCAACUGUUGAUAUUGUGAUUUUAUUCAUUUAUAACAUUUGAGUAAAAUGAAGACACAGUAAUUUCUACUGCUUCCUUGUGUAGCUUGAAAAAUUAAUAGGAAACAGUCAAGAUAUAAGGAAGAGAACUGUCUGGAUUAUUCAGAAGCAUGAAGGUGUCAUCCAUCUGUUCCUGAAAUCCUACAGACGUGAAACUAACCUGGAAUUUAAUGUUUGGCUAAAAAUGGUUUGGCUAUUAAAAACUGCAGGCAAAGCUGAUUCCAUCCAGUCGGUUCUGUCAGGAGGAACAGGGCAGAGCUCCAGCAAAUUAUUGGGAGCGUUUGGUAGAAGGACACAAAUCAUUUGAGUGAAGUCAGAGUUUAAAAAAAAUGUUUAACAUCUGAAAAUUGAGAACGUUUAUAUAUAUAUAUAUAUAUAUAUAUAUAUAUAUAUAUAUAUAUAUAUAUAUAUAUAUAUAUAUAUAUAUAUAUAUAUAUAUAUAUAUAUAAAAAUUACCUUCAAACUAAUUUAAAUGCUGUAAAUCUACCUACAGACAACAUAAUCUUGGCUUUUUUCUAUGUGAAAAUUAUUCAAAGAGGCUAUAAUGCAAUUGUAGACUUUAAAUAAUAUACCAGCUCUUCUAAAAAAGCUUUUUAAUCUUGUGUUUUAAAACAACUCUGGUUAUCUGAACCGACUUUGAUUGUAAAAACUUCAUUCUGUCUAAUUUCAGGCUCACACUGAGGGGACAAAAACGUCUUUUCAUUCCAUAUAUGUAAAUAUCUCGUUUGAACUACUGAUUAAUAUUCAUUUCUGUAUACAUGAAGCUUUACAGGCCAAGACAAGCAGAAGUAAGAUUCUCCAUUCCCCUACCAAAAGCUCUGUUGCCACCAUUACUGCCAUGGAUGAAGUAAUACUUCUGAUUGUUUUUAACAGGAUGUAUGGGGAAUCAAGGAUCACUCGAUAUAAAGAUAGAUUGUGUUUUUUUUCCUGAAAAGGCCCAAUGAUUAUCAUACAAGUGAAAGUUUUGAAAUUACAUUAAAGUAGAGAAUGUUAAAAUAAAAAUACACCAGGAAAGAUUGUGGACCAAUAGAGUUAAAGGAAUGCU